GAGUGAAGAGGUGUUGUGACGUCGUCGAGUUGUAAACACAAUUACGAACGACAUUACAAACAGCCUUCUGCGUGAAUAUAAGACUAUGGCCGACCCCAGCACUCCAGCUACUACACUCGUAUAGUUGACAUGGACGCAAGCCCUGAGCAACUCAACGCUCGCUUCCCUAAGCUGGCACUUGUGUCACCCUCCAUCGUAUCCAGCCCCACCCGCCUGGCUGGCUGGACUCACGAGUCUACUCAGGCCGUCCUCGAAUGUCUCAAGGACAAUCACCAGCGAUUCCACAUAUUCUUCCAAGAUGGAGGUUUACACAAUCAUGCAUCGCACCAUCUUCUGGCAAUCUACACGAUGGGCGCGAGUGCCGAAGUGAUACGAGAAGCAUACCAGACCCAUGUCGCGUACCAGCGGCCUGCCAAGGACCAUUUCAUCGCCGCGACAAUUGACGAGAAGAACUGGAAAGAGCAUGUUGGAAAUGAAAAAUACUAUCAAGCUUAUGUGUCAUUCUUCUCCCGGCUUCUCCUGUCGCCGCAAAGCAAAGGACUCCAAGCCAUUCUGGAAGAAUACGUCUUCUCCACAGACGCGAACCUUGUUGCGGGCAAGAACGGAGUAAAGCCGUACAUGCUUGGCCGCUUCUAUUCAAGCCUCUUCCACCCGUUGAUCCACACUGGCUACGGAGUUGAGUUUGGUCUGCCUGGCCUGGCUGUUGAAGGUCUGGCGCAGACCGCAGUACACACACUCGACAUAGAAGAAAUAUUCACCCCAGAAUUCUUCAACGUGGGGUCUGCAGACACCCUUGCCUCUCGACUCAGCUCGCUCGUCGUCUCCGCCGCGGGUGUUGUGGGUUCAAGCGCCCCAUCGGCCGACGUACACGCCCUUUCCAUCUUAUCGCGCAUAGAGAAAGACAUAGACUUUGCGCCGGAGAAUCUUGAUUUCACAGGUCUAGCCGGUCUGGCCCCGAGAUAUAGUGUUGUUCUCGGUCGAGCCGACAAUAAGCUUCUGAAGUACUCUGAAGAAUGGACCGAGACUGUCGUACCGGACCGAGAUGUUCUGAAGAGGAAGUUCGAGGAGCUCGUCUGGAUGAAUACCGUGAUCUAUGGCGUCGGGGGCUGGGCCGGCAGAGCACUGGGCGAGGACGAGAAAGGCAAAUUCAACGGCGACUUCCUCUUCAUGCACGGCGUCACCUCUUCAUUGAUGACCGCGUCUGUUCUCAACACCCUCAGUCUCAAUUCUGCCGUUCUUCUCCUCCGCGCGUACUUCGUCUUCUUCCUCCUCACGUAUACGAUACGCGGCCGCCCUGCGCUCCCCAUCAAAGACUUCUACGCCAACACAUCGCUCUACCCAUCGCCUCCCGGCACCCAACCUGCCGCGGCUAAGGACACCCUUGUGCCCUCCGCGGCGCCGAAUCCGUGGCUGCCGAUCGUCCAGACGACGCUCGUGCAUCCUGACGAGCACCUCUGCAAGACGCAGCGUUCGCUCAUGCACUUUGCCGAGUGCUACGGUGGUACGGAGCCUGGAGCGUUUGCACACACUGACCUGCAAGGCGCGGAAAUGCUCGACGGAACGCUCUUCGCCAGGGUGGCAGCUCUUACCGCGGAUAGGCUCGGCUGGAUGCGCGAGGGAGAGACGCAGCGGGGAUGGGACCGUAAUGGGUUCGCUCAAGGAUUGAAGCACAAGGUCUAAAACGGUAGCUCGGCACCAGCGAUUUACGUGAAUCGAGGUUAUGGAAGAUAAAACGUCAUAGUGAUUGGGCUGUAUGCUAAGUGCGACUGCCUCGACGAGAUCACUAGAGGCGGAAAUGUAAAGCUUGGCGACCGGUGAUACAACAAGCCUGCUUAAAGGUCCGGUUAUCACUUUGGUUGGGACCUCCAAGGACACUAAAUUAUGAGUGAGCGCGGUCAGCCUCUUCAAAAAUCCUAGAGAUAAAAUAUAAGAUUGCGGCAUUGAGGCGUUCGUGGAAUAUGUCCAUGACAAAGUGUCGGGCGAUGGGGGCUGAUAUGGAUGCCUGUUGACUGGCUGAGCUAUAGCAGCAGGCUGGAUAUCUAGUAGUGAAGAUAUUAGACGAACGAGCUGUAGAUAAAUUAUCAACGUAGGAAUGUGCAGCACAUCCUCGGAAUCCUGUCCCUAUGCCACCUCGGUAACUUCUCCGAGCGCUCAGGCACCUGCCGUGUCGGAUCUCGACGCACAGCACAGGGCUGCGUGAAGUAGCUGAGAUUUGCAUAUGGAGAGGCUCAUGUUGUUAUGCCGUUCGGCU